ACUUUCUCUUCAUAUUUAAUACCAUGUCGGGUCUUAGUGCUGGAUUAUCAACAUUCGCCAGCUGCAACAAAGGAGGUUCAAUUCCUCAUUUUACGCGGCACUUGCAAAGCCAUCCAAAUAAUUUUGAAGCUUUGACGUGGCGUGGAAGAGCAUAUAGUAUCAUUGGUCAAAAGGAUGAAGCAUUGGCCGACUUCCGACGAGCGGAAAUGCAUGGUGUUGGUCCACAAAGGUACCUAGCAGCGUCGCUGAGGUCCUCCGCGGAAGGAAAUGGACAAAAAUCAAUACAGGCAUUAUUAAAUGCAGUGAAAGCAUAUCCAAAAUGCGGUGAAGCUUGGAGUGAAAUUGGUUCCCUACAGUUUUCUGCCAAGGCACACGACGAGGCAUUACCAACGCUAAUAAAAGCUAUAUUUUGGGGAAUCAGAACAGUGAGACACAAAGGCCAUGGUAUUAUUGGUCAAACCAACAUGUCGGCGACAUUUAUUAUACAAAACAUCAAGUACCAAACGCAGAACCUUACUACAAUACGGCUGUUACUUCAUGCAACACAUUUACCAUUGCUCAUCUUGGAAUAAGCAGAUGCAAUAUUAUCAACAAGAAUAUACCCGAGGCAAAGAUGCGCUUUCAGACAGCAAAAGAGUUAAACCCAAUACUUGUUCAAUGGGGAAACUUUGCUGAAUUUGAAAAAUGUGUUGUUUCAGAUUUUUACAAAUCUGAUACAUCUACUGGUCAACGUAAUCAUGGUGAAGCGACUUCUUCCGUAGAAUCACAGUUUUCCAAAGUCACCAUUUCUGAAAAAAAUGCCGCUAGUGGAUACUCAUCAUCCAACAGGGUUGUCGGUGCUAGGCAAGGUAAAGUUGGUAGUAAUGGUGGUGGAAAUAGAGGCGGCGGAGGAGGAAAUGGAGGAGGCAAUGAUGGAGGUGAUGACGACGAUUACGUGUGGAAUAAAUUUAGAAAGACAUCAAAAAUGACCAAAAAGCAUGAUGAUGGAAGGCAAUUCAAGAGAAUAGGUGACUCUAAGUAUUGGCUGUCUAGAGACAAAGCUGGUCAUGGUGGGUCUUUUUUCAAGGUCUUUAUUGAAAAGGGAAACACAUUAGAUUUUAUAGGAUCAGUACCGAUAAGAAUUUUCCACGAAAAGGUCAUUACAGAUGAGUCGUAUCUAUUACGCAUUUUACACGAAGGUUCUAAGCUUGAGGAUUUCAAUCUACUUCCAAAACAAGAGUCCCACAAAGGCGAACAGAUAAAGAUGAAAGAUCUACAUGGAGUGUAAUGCAGUGAGAAGCGGAUUAAUAACUUACACAGACCACUUUUACUUAUACCAAUUGCACAUUUAACUAUGUUUUAUCUUAUCAGUGAUUCUGUUAUCAAUUUUAUUUGUUUACAUGAUUUAAUCUAAUUUGACAUACUGAUGUAUCUUAAUGAUGAUUAUAUAUUUCAAAUCAUAAUUUUCAGAUAUGUACUUGUAAUUAAUUGUAGUUUUUUAAUUAUUGUGUUGUAUGUAUUUUCAUGUUGAAUAUUGCAAUUUAACAGAUUAAGUCUGGGUAGGUUUGGCAACAUUUAGAAUCCUUCAAAAUGAGGUCAAAAUUGAAUAAAUUAAUUUGAUUAUUGAUAAA